GGCCAGCCUAACGCCACUUGCUCGUGCUUCCAGCUCCGUGGAGCCGGUCCGCGUGCGACCUGAGCUCGAGGCAGGCCAAGAAACAACGGAAACCCGCAGCAGGUCGCUGCUCCCUCCGCUCACGAGCCGAACACUCUGGGCUUUGUUCGUUCCCCCGGGCUGCUUGACGGACUGUGUGAACUUUGGGGCAGGUGAAGUUGUGGGUUGAUGUUCCCCCGCGUGAACGUUACUCGUGUUCGCUGCUCCAGCAUUAUUGCUGCGCGUGAGCUUGGUUCUUAUGAAAGGCGCUUCUGCCGCCACUGGAGGCUCUGCUAAGCUAAUCGGCUAACGGGUUAGCCGAGCACGUCCCGCCUGCUGUGGAAGUGCCGGCGCGGCUGGAGCCUCCAUUCAGGGAUCCUAACUAGCAACAACAAUUCUUUGCAGUCUUAAUAUGUCUAACCACACUCCCGUUCACGCCAACAUAAGACAGAAAACGCUGGAUAACAGCGGGAACAAACUUUUACAAUACAACACUGACGCACACACCGAUAUAAAGAUGCUAAGCGUUUAUCGUGAUGCUACCCGCAGGUUUGAGUGGAACCGGGUCAUGUCUUUGUGAUGGACUCGCAGCUCCGACCAAUCAAAACCUUCCCUUUGUUCGUCUAAGUCCAGGUUUUGAGCAGUGCAAUUGGGCGCAAACACUGUAGCGUGUCUUCAUCGGUUAAUGCCGUAGAUAGUUCUGCCUGCACGGUCCCAGUCAUUAGUCUUUUUAGUGCUGAAACUGGUCAUAGUUUUAUGGUGAAGUUUGAUUUGUUAAAAAAAAACAACUAAAGAAUAGGAAGUAUUUAAAGUGAUGUUUGGGGGAAACACGUGGUUAAACAGAUGAGGAUUGGGUACUAGAUUAGAGAAGCAAUAACAUUCUCCUGGAUUAUGAUACUUUUUACCUGAAUUAACCAGUCUGAGAUGAUUCCAGCUUUAUGACAUGGCGCCUUAUCCUGCUGGAAGUAGCCAUCAGAAGAUGGAACACUGUGGUCAGAAAGGGAUGGACAUGGUCAGCAACAUCACUCAGCAGACCAAUGAGGCAUUGCAUCAUCAGCAUCAAGUAUCUGGAAACAGUCUCCUGCCUCUGCUAAAUGCAGGCACAGAACCACCAGAUCAGAAACCAGUUCUGCCAAUCCUUCUGGACCAGAAACCCCCAGUCAGUGCUGCGGAUCUUUUGAAAGAAAACGUUGCCAGUGGGACAGGAGGAGAUGGGGUUGGAGGGGGCAGUGGUACAGGAGCAACUUUGGUUGCUGUGGUAAAAAAGGAGCCGAAGUCAAAGACGCCCUUCAUCUGUGGUUACUGUGGUAAAGCUUUUAGAGACAGCUACCACCUGCGGCGGCACGAGUCCUGCCACACGGGCAUCAAAAUGGUUUCCCGGCCUAAGAAGAUUCAGAUGGCGCCCACCAUGGUGCCACUUAUAUCCACUGUCACCCGUGAGAACAAUGGAAACCCUACCUAUGUCACUACGGUGGCAGGCAUCUUGACCACAGCCACCACAUCCAUGGGGAGCGGUGUCAUGAGCGCUGCACAGCAGCAAACCGCCCCCAAGAAGCCCCCAAAGCCAGUAAAAAAGAACCAUGGCUGCGACAUGUGCGGUAAGGCCUUCAGAGACGUCUAUCACCUAAACCGCCACAAACUGUCCCACUCGGACGAGAAGCCCUUUGAGUGUCCCAUCUGCCAUCAGAGGUUUAAAAGGAAGGACCGUAUGACCUACCACGUCCGCUCCCAUGAUGGCGGUGUGCACAAGCCAUACAUCUGCUCUGUUUGCGGAAAAGGCUUCUCCAGGCCUGACCACCUGAGCUGUCACGUCAAACACGUCCACUCGUCAGAGAGGCCCUUCAAGUGCCAAGUCACGGCAUGUACGUCAGCCUUUGCUACUAAAGACCGCCUGCGCUCCCACAUGAUCCGACAUGAAGGCAAAGUGACGUGCACCAUCUGCGGCAAAAUGCUGAGUGCUGCCUACAUCACAAGUCACCUGAAGACACACGGCCAAGCCAGCUUCAACAACCCCUGCAACAACAAAGGCAUAGGUGACUGGCAGUGGAACCAUUCAGGGCCACACAAAGGUGAGUUGACGGUAGGAGAGAUUUUAAAUAACUCCUUCCAAGUCCUAAUUGACAACUCUCAUAAAGAUGCCGGAAACGUGCAAAGCAGUUCAGCGGCGACGACACCAGCCACAGAAUCGGCCGCCACCACUUCGGCGGGAAACCGCAAUGUUAACACCAGCAACGCCGUCACCAUUACAACGCAGAUGAACAUUGCCACCAACACGGUCAACAUAACUUCUCCAGUCAACCUUCAGCAUCCGGUUAGCAUAACCGGCCCAGUCAACCUUGCGUCUAUCCCAACGACGGCGCACAUGAAUAUCGCACAUCCAGUUGCCAUCAGCACGGCCAUGCCCAUGAAUAUCACAGGGCCGCUCAACAUUGCCAUGCGGUCCAUGGAAAGCAUGCCUUUUCUGUCCCAGGUGCUGCCGUCGUCUCCUCCUUGGUAGACUGAUAUGAACUUGUGUUGUUAGUCCUUUUGUAACUGCCUUGAAAGCUGGAGGGGGCCAUCAAAUUGAGUGGAAAUAUUCUCAAGAUGAGUUGAUGGUAAAAAGCCUAAAGGCGAGAAAUAGUGUAAUACAGCCACAUAGACAGUAUUGAAAAAUAGUUUUUUGGCAAAUAUGAUUUUAGUUAGUAUUUUUAGAAGAUGAAUGUUUCAAAUGUCCCAAAAAACAAAUGCGUUUUUUCAGUCCCUCUUGAUAGAGGUAGGGGGGCACAGACAUGGCAUGUCCUCACAGCAUGAUGAGAUGUGCUCUUCUACAAAAAAAAAAAGGUUUCACCCAAGGUGAAGCUUUUGCAGGAGAGUCUUUGUCACCAAACACUCCUCUGUUUCUGCCGGGAUGCUAAAGUUAGGUUGAACUUGAAGAAUCCUGUUUUGGUUUAGCCUACAAACAACUUGAAAAGCAAAGGUACUUCCCCAUGCGAGUCCCUUCUUGAGUCUGAUCACUUUCUAAACUUUGAGCCCACACAACGGUUUGAUCCUUGGUCAGGGGGGCUUCAUGGUCAGUUUCUUCAGAGGUGUUUUGGUACAUGGUGGGUUUUAUUUUAUUUUGAAGGGUUCCUAACAAGGUCAAUGAAAAAAAGGUCUCAAUGUUUUCUCUUUCUCAUCCAGCAUUCUGUCUUUUUGAAACCAGCUGGCUCCAUUUUCUUAGGGCCCAAUAAAGUCCGUUUGUCCAGCUGUGCCCUGUUGAACCCCGUCUCUAUAGCUCUUCACUGCUGUUUCUGUCUUGGAGCUUCUCUCAGUUUUUCAGCCAGGGCUCCUAGAUCAAAAUGAAGACUGAGAGCCUCAGAUCUGUCUUUAGUUUAGGACAUUCAACACAGCAAACCAGUGUGAAAACAAGCUAUUGCAAGGCAAAUAAGAACAGCAUAGAAACAUCUUUCCACUCCAAGUCUGGUCAGAGUAAAGCAGAUUCAUUUUAACUGUUCGCUGGAAAAGUUUGACACAGGAGCAGUUUACCUCAGUUUUUGUGUCUUUGGUUAGCUUCAUGCAGGCACAAAGAUCAAGUCUGUGUCUUUGGAAGUUGCUGACAAACACUUUGUAUUAAAUGCAAAACACUAUUUUGCUGCUGUUGAUUUGUGACAGAUAUAAUCCUCCCUUUUAAUUAUAGAUUAGGAUUGAUCAGAGCAGCUGAACAGUGCAGGCCAAAACAGAAAUGAACUGAAGCUCCAAAGAUCCCCUCUGCUAGCAUUCUUCAUCCUGAAAGCUGGAUGUGGAAGGAGUGUAACAGUCAAACUCACCACGAGCUGCACAUGUUCCACUUUUAUUUAGAUUUAGAAAUGCACAAAAUAAUUCUUAAAUUCAAGUUGGAUCUUUGGAAAAAUGAUCAACUCAUUUUGAAAACAGCAACCGUAAGAGUGAAAGUACCUUAGUCCCCAUCUUCCUCUUCCUUGCAUUUUAGACUCUUGAGGAUCAUUGCUCGUAAAUGUCCAGAAGUCAGGGUCUUGUUUAUGUGCUUCUGGUGACUUCCAGUCUUGCUUCCUGUCUUUUCUCUAACAUCUCACAGCUGGUUCACAGCUCACUUUCUGCAUAGCAUGUCUGUAGCUCCCCCAGUCUUAUCCUUUGACCUCUCUUUUACUUUUUUAUGCCAAACAAAAUACCCAACGUUGGUCUACUGUGACCCUAUUCACACACUGAAGUUUCAUCUACAAUGCAGAUGACUUCCUUUUAGUUUUGUGGGAGCAAUCCAGAUGAAGAAACGGCUUGAAUGAAGAGACCGCAUCAGGCCGUCCUGUUGUAUGUCUGCAGACACCAGAUAGGGAGUUACUGAUCACUGAAGUCUAUCUGGGUUUGGAGCUCCCACUUCUGGUCUCAGUCUAUAGAGGGACAGAGCCAACAACAUGGUCAUCUAUGCUAAACAUGACGCCCUGAGGGCCGGUCACUGCGUGCCCACAGGCUUCAUGGUUCUGGGCUUGUUGGAGUAGCAGCAAACAGGCUUUGUUCAGACACACUACCGGUAACCAUGACAGCAGGAGCAGUGCCGUCACUCUUUCUCAUGGCUGUCAGCUGUAAGGAAAACACUAAACCCUAGAACUACGUGACAUUUGAGCCUGCAUGAUCUUUGUUUUACCUCCAACCAAAUGUGAAGAAAUGCCGCCUGAUGAGCAAAAACCAACCAAGAGUGUAGUUAAUGUGAAUUUCAGAGGGGCAAAUGAAUGUAUAUGUCUGUACAAAGCAUUUAGUUCAGAAGACAUACUACUUAUGUCAAACAUGUAAGAAAAAAACCCUUUUUAUAAAUCAUUUUGUAUUAGAACAUUAACAAUUGUCCUUUUUGUAAAUAUGAAGGUUAGGCAUUCUGAUUAGCAGACAGAGGGACAUUCCUACGGUUUUAUAAAUGUGCAUGUUUUGGAGAGCGGUGUGAGCGUGUCAGACGUGCC